AUGGAGGAACCAACCCUCCCACAUCGAAGCAGCGAUGCUUCCAAAGUCUCGCUAAUCAACCUUCCGAUCGAGAUCAAACUUAUGAUAAUCGAUAUCCUAGCAAGGCAAUACAAUGGCUGGUUCUGUAGCUAUAGUCGGGAAACAUACCAUCACCUCAAAGGCAUUGCUCAUUCUUCCAGAGUCUUCUAUCAACUCUGCUUUCGGCCACGGGUAUUUUAUGCAACUAUCAGUCUGGAUCCCUCAUCGAUAGAACUAUUUAAACCAGGUGGUUUAUUGGAACACCACGAUGGUGAUAUCAGAUUCUUACAGUUAAAUCAUGCCCCGCUGUCAUAUGCUGAUGAAAAUAUAUCCGACAAACACGAAAAUUCAAUUUCUUGGCUUCGAGCUGGAAUACAAGCCGUACCACUUUUCCCAACCAUCCGAGUUCUAUACAUAACCUACGAGGUACCCAAUGUAAUCGAAAGAAAUGCCUUCUUCGCCAUCUUAAGGGUAUUAGCCCCUCUUCAAGCUUUAACAGUCCUGAGACUUCAUGUCACCGUGCACUACAACAGACUAUACCAAACCUACCAAGAUAUCUAUUCGAACCUCUCAUCGACCAACCAACAAUUCCUGGGAGAAGAAAUACAUCCUGACGAAGUUGAAGCAUAUAUGGCAGAACAUCUACCGAGCAUCACCUUUCCAAACCUACAGGGUCUUGAAAUAUCAUUAACCCGUGUGGGUCAAUGGGAAUUAGAUCUCCCAAACCCUCAUCCCGAACAAGAAAGAUUCUACCACAAACUUCUCAUGGCAGCACCGAGAACGAGCCGCCUAGGAAUAAAGUGUAUAGAUAUCGAGCCAAUAUUACAUUUCAACAUCCCCAGAAAUCCCGACCAAAGCUUCGCCAUCCUAGACUCGAUUCCGCCACAUACCACAUUCCCCCGCAUCAAACAGCUCAAAAUCAAAACCUCGAGCCCCCGAAUGGCCCAAGACUUCGAAAAAAUCGCAAGUUUGUUCCCAAAACUAACAAACUUGAAAAUCAAACCAAAGGUUCCCCUCCGCACCAAUCACUGGGAAUUCAACCCAACUCUUCACCAACCCAUCAGAAAACUCGAAAAGCUACAAUAUCUAAGACUACCGUGGCCAAGAUCAAUAGAACACGGAUCUUACAACGCAAGGAAAUUAGCCCAAAUGUGUCAUGAAUGGCGUAAAAUCGACAUUCCCGAUUUAAGCUCCAUUUCCUUCCAUGGUGAGAAGCACAUGGGGAAUAGAAUUGCGGAUAUUCAUCUUGAUAUAAACUUUAGAGAGAUUACCGAAGACUCUGAUCGGUGGGCCCCUUUCUUGCGCGGGGAUACUCAUUAUAGUGAUUAUUGUGACUCUGCCAAUCGAAAUCAAGAUAGCCGUGAGCAUGAUUCUUAUGGUUCUGAUAUUUAUUAUGAAUGGAGGGAGUAUUACUAG